CCCAGCCCAGCAGCGUCUCGGCGUUGAUUAGUUUAGAUUCCGGUGGAAAUAAAAGCAGGAGGAUCUCCCUGACAGAUGAAUUCCGUUGUAUGUUAUUUGACAGUCGCUGACGAUUGACGAGUCCAUCAGCUCAGUGGCCGUUGAUGGACCAUCCCUAUGAAGAAACAGGUUCACAAUGGGACAGAGUACCUCAGAACAAGAGGUCCAAGGCCACACCCCCGAGGUCGGGUUUAAUGACAUCAAGCCAUUGGUGGAGGAGGAACUACAAACGAGCAUGAUGAUGGGGAUGGUGAUUGGUGCAGGCAUCGCCAUCGUUCUCAUCGCCAUCCUCAUCUUCUUCAUCCUGCGGAGGAUCCAGAUUCGGAAUCGAGAAGCUCAGGAGGCUCCAAAAUACCGGUUCCGCAAGAGGGACAAAGUCAUGUUCUAUGGACGAAAGAUGCUGCGUAAAGUCUCCCAGUCUACCUCUUCCCUGGUGGGUACAUCCUCCUCCUCUCGGCCGCGCCUCAAGAAGAAGCAGAAGAUGCUCAAUAUUGCCAAAAAGAUCCUGCGCUUUAAGAAGGAGGUGCCCAUCCUUCAGGCUAAGGAGCCCCCUCCCUCAGUGCUGGAGGCGGACCUCACAGAAUUUGAUGUGGCCAACUCCCACCUCCCUUCCGAGGUGCUCUACAUGCUCAAAAAUGUCCGUGUGCUGGGUCACUUUGAGAAGCCCCUCUUCCUGGAGCUGUGUAAACACAUGGUGUUUCUGCAGUUCCAACAAGGGGAGUACGUCUUCAGGCCAGGCCAGCCUGACAGCAGCAUCUAUGUGGUGCAGGACGGAAAACUAGAAUUGUGCCUUACUGGAACGGAUGGCAAAGAGAGUGUGGUGAAGGAGGUUUUCCCAGGAGACAGCGUCCACAGCCUCCUCAGCAUCCUGGAUGUCAUCACGGGCCACCAGAAGCCUUACAAAACGGUGUCAGCACGGGUCGUAGAGGUUUCCACUGUUCUCCGUUUACCUGUAGAGGCCUUCCUCGCUAUAUUUGAGAAGUACCCUGAGAGCCUCGUGCGCGUAGUACAGAUUAUCAUGGUUCGUCUCCAAAGAGUAACAGUCCUAGCACUGCACAACUAUCUGGGACUCACCAAUGAGCUCUUCAGCCAUGAAAUGCAUCCGUCACGUCUGCCACCUCCGUCACCCCACCCAACUCGCACCAGUCCCAUCCGCCAUGGCAAGCGCUUUGGCAGCCUGACAGUGACUGAGGAGCAAAGAGAAGCUGCCAUUAGAGGAGAGGCUGCAGGAGGAGAACCUGGGAAGGAUGGAGCAACUGUGCCAACUCUUAGCAGGACCAUCUCCAUGCCUGUGGACAUCGCUGGUAUGCAGAAAAGCCUGAGGUCAGACUUUGACAUGGCGUACGAGCGGGGACGGAUCUCAGUCUCUGCAGAGGAUGGCAACACUCCUCCCAGCUUUACUCGGCAGGAGAUUCUCUGCAAAGACGCGUCCGCAACAGCAACAAAUCCACUGCAUAAUUUAGGCGAGACAUGGAGCAGCCGGGUGGAGCCGACAGAGUCUGUGUCCCAGGAACAGCGGGAGAGGAGGGUGACAGUAGAUGAAGCUCCCUCAGGGAUCUACCUGUAUCCAGAAGAAGAUCCGGGAGUGGACAGUAUUUUCACACCAUUAACCAGUCGAUCCAGUGGUGCUCUGUUUGAGGACGCUCAGAAGGAGAUCCUCAAGCUCAUGAAGAUUGAGGACCCUUCUUUGUUGAAUGGGAGAGUGACUCUGCACCAUGCAAAAGCUGGAGCUGUCUUAGCCAGACAGGGAGACCAGGACGUGAGUCUGCACUUUGUCCUGUCAGGCUGUCUGCACGUCUACCAGCGGAUGAUCAACAAGCAGGAGGCUGUGUGCUUGUUUGUGACUCACCCGGGGGAGAUGGUGGGCCAACUGGCCGUGCUCACCGGAGAACCCCUCAUCUUCACCAUCAAGGCUGUCAGAGACUGCACUUACCUCAAGAUUUCAAAAUCGGAUUUCUACGAGAUCAUGAGGGAACAGCCCAGCGUUGUGCUGAGUGCAGCCCACACAGUUGCCAUUCGCAUGUCUCCUUUUGUCAGGCAGAUGGAUUUUGCUAUUGACUGGAUGGCUGUGGAGGCUGGCAGAGCCCUCUACAGACAGGACGACCGAUCAGACUGCACCUACAUCGUUCUCAACGGACGUCUGCGUUCAGUCAUCCGUAAAGCAAAUGGCAAGAAAGAACUAGUUGGGGAAUACGGCAGAGGAGACCUCAUUGGAGUGGUGGAGGCAUUGGCCAGGCAGCCAAGAGCCACCACUGUCCAUGCUGUGAGAGACACAGAGCUGGUCAAGCUGCCGGAGGGAACACUGAACAACAUCAAAAGACGAUAUCCACAGGUCGUGACAAGGUUGAUCCACUUACUAGGCCAGAAGAUCCUGGGCAACCUGCAGCAGGGCCGCGGGCCGUUCUCAGGCUCAGCUCUGAGUCUGCCCAGUAUGACAACUAGUGCUGACGUAACCAACCCUGCCAGCAACCUCUCCACUGUGGCUGUGCUGCCUGUGUGUGAUGAGGUGCCCAUCAACGCGUUCAACCUGGAGCUCAGCCAUGCCCUCAGUGCCAUUGGGCCCACUCUGCUGUUAACCAGUGAAAUUAUCAGAGAACGUUUGGGGGCUUCUGCUUUGGACAGUGUCCACGAGUACCGUCUGUCCGGCUGGCUGGCCCAGCAGGAGGACAUCAAUCGGAUUGUCCUGUACCAGACUGACAACACCAUGACCCCGUGGACGCAGCGCUGCAUCCGCCAGGCUGACUGUAUCCUCAUUGUUGGCCUGGGGGACCAGGAACCUGCCCUGGGACAGUUGGAGCAGAUGCUGGAGAACACAGCAGUCCGUGCUCUGAAGCAGCUGAUCCUGCUGCACAAAGAGGACGGGCCGGGCCCCUCGAGGACGGUGGAGUGGCUCAACAUGCGCAGCUGGUGCUCUGGGCAUCUUCACCUCAAGUGUCCCCGUCGGGUGUUCUCCAGACGCAGCCCCAGCAAACUGAGGGAUGUUUACGAGAAGGUGUUUGAGAAGACGGCAGACAGGCACAGUGAUUUCUCUCGGCUGGCCCGAGUCCUGACUGGAAACAGCAUCGCCCUGGUGCUGGGAGGAGGUGGAGCCAGAGGCUGCUCUCACGUUGGUGUUAUCAAAGCUAUGGAGGAAGCGGGGAUUCCUAUUGACAUAGUGGGUGGGACCUCUAUCGGCUCAUUCAUUGGUGCACUGUACGCUGAAGAGAGGAGUGCCGUCAGAACCAAACAGAGAGCCAGAGAGUGGUCCAAGGCAAUGAACUCUGUUUUUAAAACAGUCCUGGACCUGACCUACCCCAUCACCUCCAUGUUCUCUGGCUCUGCAUUCAACACCAGCAUCUAUAAAGUGUUCCAGGACAAACAAGCUGAGGACCUGUGGCUGCCAUACUUCAAUGUCACCACUGACAUCACUGCCUCCGCCAUGCGCGUUCAUCAGGAUGGUUGCGUCUGGCGCUAUGUUAGAGCCAGCGCCUCCUACACCCCCUAUUUACCUCCCCUGUGUGACCCCAAGGAUGGCCACUUGCUUGUGGAUGGUUGCUAUGUUAACAAUGUCCCAGGCUCUCUGUGGCGCUAUGUGCGGGCGAGCAUGACCCUCUCAGGGUACCUGCCGCCUCUCUGCGACCCCAAAGAUGGCAACUUGCUAAUGGACGGUGGCUACAUCAACAAUCUGCCAGCGGAUAUUGCGAGGAACAUGGGAGCCAGAACAGUCAUUGCCAUUGACGUGGGGAGCCAAGAUGAGACUGACCUCUGUAACUAUGGCGACAGCCUGUCCGGCUGGUGGUUGCUGUGGAAACGGAUCAAUCCCUGGGCAGAGAAAGUGAAGGUGCCAGACAUGGCAGAGAUCCAGUCUCGGCUGGCGUAUGUGUCCUGUGUGCGACAGUUAGAGGUGGUGAAGAAGAGUGCUUACUGCGAGUACAUCAGACCGCCCAUCGACCGCUUCAAGACCAUGGACUUUGGAAAGUUUGAUGAGAUCUAUGAUGUGGGCUUCCAGCAUGGCAAGCUGGUGUUCACUGGCUGGGCCCGAGGGGACAUCAUCGAGAACAUGCUGAAGGACCACCACUCAGCCGACUACAACAAUAGCAAGAGGACUGACUCCUGCACGUGUCCGGCAGCUGACUUCACUGACCUUGCAGAAAUUGUGUCCAGGAUAGAGCCGGUCCAAACCUAUGUAGCUGCAGAUGCAGAGGAGUCGGACUGUCUGACGGAGUACGAGGAAGACGGGAUGGACACGGUGAGAGAGGAGGAGGGUGAGGAAGAGGAGGAAGAGGCAGAAGACCUUGACGACCACUCCCCUGGAGAGUGGGGGCAGAAUGGAGUCUUCCAGAGUGAUGAGGAGAAAUCUGUGAGGCAACGCAGGAAGCUCACCAGUGACACCUCUGAAGUGUCAGACUGCUGACAGAGGGCCGCUGAGAAGUAGACGGAGAUUAACCAAGAACAAGGGACAAAUCACAGGCUCAUGAAUCGUCAAGGCUACAGGACGUUGCUCCUGCGACUUCGGAAACUUUGAACAACUGUUUUUGCUCUUCUGUAGAGGAUCCCAGUGGAUUCUCUAAACUGUUGAACCUUAAUUUCAUCAAGUCUGGGAUUGGCAUCAUCUGUCGCAUUCUGACCACCGGGUCAGAGAGAUCCUCCAAAUGAGGAAGGGUUGUCGAAGAAUUUGCCACUCUGUGUUUUUCACAUCACUUCUACAUCAACCUGACCUGUUGCCAGAAUCCCUGCCUGCCAAAAGGUGAACUCCCACAGCGACCAACUCAACCAAUCCACUUCCAGUUCCCCACUUCAGAUCGCCUGCAUGUUCCAUCUGCAUCUCUGAAUCGUCAUGUGCAUCUCUGUACGUACAGCCGUGUUGCACUCGAUUGUAAUUCACAGUCCAUUCAUUUCUAGUGUGGGGCGUGUGUUGGGGUGUGUGUACUGCUUGUGCGUUAGAAUGACUGGUACACAAACAAAGCUGUGACUUGAUGAAAUGGUAGCAGGGCACUGAAAAGAAAAGUAAGAAACUCGUGCAGUUGAACUGUAGUUAGUAAGUUAAGUAAGUUUAGCAUAGAUGUGAAGCGGGGAGUUUAGUAGGGGAGGGAGGGAGGAACAGUUCUCCAUGUAGACACCAGAGUAGAGUUUAAUCUGAAUGUAGAGAGGCUGGACCAGUGUUUGGAAGCAGGACGGAGGGGUUGAUUCAUAUUUAAAGAGAAAGAUGUUUUAAUUUAAUUUGUAGAAAGAUUUGAAAAGUGGGUUUAUGGAAAUAAAGAUAUGGAGGUGUGCCCACUAGAAAAGAGAUGAACCAGUGAUAUCUACUGUAAAAUGAGGAGAGAAGGUGAGACACGGCGUCUGGGUGCUUGACAUCGUAUGUUUCUGCUGUUUGAAAUGAUGCCAGAUAAAGACGAUGCCUUUUCGACCAGUGUUCGAUGAACUGUGACUGCGGAGAAGAGGGCGAUCAUUCCACCGACACGCCACCGGCCUCCGCUCGCACAAGGUCACACGUAAAGGACUCAGAGCUCCUGUGUGCAACACGAUAUCUAUGACGAAGAAAAGACAAUCUCCAAAACCACUGCAAGAGAUUAUUGUCAUCCUGACGUGGAUACGCAGAAUUCUCGAGUGAUCCUGAACUCCAAAUGGACUAAACUUCACCUCAUGUAAUUAUAAAAACACUUCAUUAAUAGGGACCUAAUGUAGAAAGUGUAACAAGAUUAUAUAAUAUUAUUCACAGUGUUAAUAUUAAUAUAUGUAUAUGAAGUGGACAUUUGUAAAUCGAGGCUUUGCUGCGAAACAAGGGAACCUAAUAAAAAAAAAGGUUUCCCCUAAGAAAAUCCAUCCUGUUUGUAUGGAUGGUCACCAGAUCAGCUUUGUUCUUUUCGUUUAUAAAUCUCAACUACUGGCUUUUAAAAGAUGAUUUUUUUUUAAAGAUUUGGGGGUGGGGGCUCUCCUAUUUCAAUUAACCUGGCUUUAGCUGUUUGCACUGAAACAUUUGAAGUACUCCUUGCUCAGAAGAUGUUUGGUUUAGCAAUUGCCAUCCAACUUGAUAUGCAAAGGGAAUCUAAAAGAAAAGUGAUGCUAAUGUAACAUGCAUAUUGGAAAAUAAAUAUUAUAUGCAUCAUG